GCAGCCGCAGCGCCGUCAAGUCACGUCUCCUUAUCUCGCCGAAACCCCCCUGUGUCUCGUCAAUGGAUCACCGAUCAACCUGUCGGUGUAUCUGGCCUGUCGACUCCCCAUCUCAUGACUGCUCUAUGAAAUGUCAUCGCCCGAUCUUCUAAUCUUCCAAUCCUCCACACAUUCAAAACUCCCAAUCUUCAUGUUUCAUCAUCGCGGCCAUCCCUAUUCUAUUCUGUAGAACAGCAAUGCUCUUAUUUAAACUUCACCUUCACCUGUUAUCCUAAUCAUGCCCAACAUGGCCAUUCUAAGCAACCAUCAUGCCUAUCCACCGGUAGCCCGACUGCUCUGGGAGCCUCGACCUGUCUGCCAGGAGAAUCAUAAAAGUCAUGCCAGGGGUGGUGAGUCGAAUAUUUGAUCGAUGGUGCAAUGUUUUCCUAUUUUUCGGGGGUCGUUGUUGUUUCUCCCGUUCCCCCGUUCCCGCACCGCCACUUCGAUGAUUCAUUCCUUGUCCGAAGUCGGUUCCCUCACCAUAAUUGCCGACGCUGUGCCAAUUGAAUCAAGUCGGCACUGGAUAGAGUCGGUGUAUUUGCGCAGGGAAGGGAUUCCUACUUUCUAUAUACUUUGCUCGUUCAUUUUAUUUCAUCUGAUUUGAUUGAGAGCCUCCCUUGGCUGACGGUUCUUCUUGCAAUGGACACAGUGGACUCGGGGAGCGUCUCGGAGGUCGAGGAUCAAUCCAAGACUUGGGGCUCCGAUGCUCGUACUCUGGUUCCUCCGGGAGCUGAUGAUGCGAGUAGUUCUCAUCCGCAUAGUGAUUGCGGUAUUGGACACCGCGUGUUGGCCAGCCGCUCAGUUCUGGCUCUGGUCAUUGACGAGGAGUGUGUGUUUGCGGGUUUGCAAGGCGGAGAUAUUGUGGCCUGGUCUUUGGACACCUAUGAACUGAUUCUCUCGGUGCAUGCCCACGAAGAGAGUGUCCUGGGUCUUUACCUUUCUGAUGACGGAAAUCUUCUUUUCUCCAGUGGUGGUGACUCGGUAGUCAAUGUAUGGUCUACGAGAACUUUUGAGCGUCUUUACUCUAUCUACUCCCACCAUGACGUGGGCGACAUCUUCUCCGUCGUCUAUUCUUCAAGCAACCAGACCCUUUACUGCGGUGCUCAGAACACCAGCAUCCAAUGGUGCAACUUGUCAGAAGAAGGCUCGCUGAACCAAACUUCCGCUGCUCAUCCCUCCAAGCGCACUCAUCGCUUCUUUGACUCUCGUGGACCAGAUGGGACCCGGGCUCCCCGUCCCUCAGAUGGUGCUAAUGCCGUUUCAGAAGGUGGUCGCGUGCUCACCUUUAAGCGGGAUCACCACAAGCGCUUCGCUCACCAUGGCUACGUUUAUUCUAUGCUUCUAGUCAAGGGCUUGAUUGAAUCAGCACCUUCCGAGGAAGCUCUGCUAACCGGUGCCGGAGACGGUGUCGUCAAGUUGUGGCGUCUAGGUCAGGAGCCUGGUGCCGCGCCGACACAGAUUGCCAAAUUGCAGAAUGGUGACCCGGUGCUUUCGAUCGCCGUGGAGGGAUCACUGCUCUACUGUGGUCUUGCGGGUGGUGCUCUCAAUAUUUGGAAUCUGGAUUCCCAGCAGCUUGUGAAGCGGAUUGCCCGGCAUACUGGCGAUCUGUGGGCGGUGCACGUUAUCCAAGGCGUUGCUAUUUGUGGUGACUCGACUGGAACAGUCAAGAAAUUCAACUCUCGGUUUGAAGAAGUUGGUGGCUGGACCGCCCACGAGGGUACCAUGCUUGCUUCCGCGGUUGGCCGGGUCAAGGAUCGUCAGAUCUAUGCCACUGGUGGAAACGACAAUAGCGUCGGCAUUUGGGACUUGACCGAAUUCUUCCUUGCCCAGGAAGAGCUGCCACCUAUUAGCAAUGAUGAAAUGGUGAAUAGUCUUGCCAAGUUCGUGUCUUUCAAGACCAUCUCUGCCAGCCCGAAAUUCACUGGAGAAUGUAAUCAGGGUGCUGCAUUCCUCCGUCGGCACUGCAACUAUCUCGGUGCCAAGACAAAGUUGUUGACUACUGGCGAGGACACUAACCCCAUCGUCUUUGCUCGAUUCAACGCGACCUCUACCGAAAAGGUUGACAAGACGAUUCUCUUCUAUGGGCAUUACGAUGUGGUGGGAGCAGACACUAACCGUCCAAAAUGGAAGUCUGACCCUUACCAACUGACUUCGAUCAAUGGUUUCCUCUACGGUCGUGGUGUGUCGGAUAACAAGGGCCCUAUUUUAGCAUCCCUGUAUGCUGCAGCCGAGCUUGCCCGCACCAAGUCUCUCCGUUGCAACGUAGUCUUCCUCAUCGAAGGUGAAGAAGAGUCUGGCUCGCAGGGUUUCCACGAAGCCGUGCGCGAACACAAGGCCCAGAUCGGCCCCGUGGACUGGAUCCUGCUGGCCAACAGUUACUGGCUGGAUGACUACAAUCCUUGCCUGACCUACGGACUACGCGGCGUGGUCCAUGCCAACCUAGUCGUGACAAGUGAUCAUCCCGAUCUUCACAGCGGUAUCGACGGCAGUGCCUUGCUCGACGAGCCCGUCAAAGAUCUUUCCAUCCUCGUGUCGACUCUCGUCGGACGCAAGGGCAAGAUCAACCUUCCUGGCUUCCACGACCCCGUUCGACCCUUGACCGAGGCCGAGCAGAAACGCUUCGAAGCUAUUGCCGAUGUCCUGCUCCCGCAGCAUCCCGAGAUUCCGGACAGCCAAGCUUUGAUCAAAUCGCUCAUGUACCGUUGGCGCGAGCCAUCCUUGACGGUGCACUCGAUGGAAGUCCCCGGUAGCAAGAGUGGCACCACGACCAUCGCCCGCCGAGCCAAAGCAAGCCUGUCCAUUCGCAUCGUGCCCGACCAACAAGCGGACGAGGUCGCCGCGAACCUGACAGCCUUUGCGCAAGAGCAAUUCGAUCUUCUCGACUCCCAAAACGAACUUACUGUUGAGAUCACCGGCAAGUCCGAUGCCUGGCUGGGCGACCCAGAUAACGAGAUCUUUGCCACCCUUUCCGAAGCCAUUACCGCCGCUUGGACACCAGACCAAAAGACCUCGAAAUAUCAAUACCCCGUCCCGAAACUCGCCCCCGGCCGCGCAACUCCAACCCCCAAGCCCGCCGGCCCAGCCAGCCAGCUUCUCCGGAAGGAUUCCUCCGACAGCCUCGCCUCGCAUGUCGACCGCGUAAUCACAUCGACUACAACCUCCUCCGGCAGAGCCGCCGCGCGCAAGCGCUCGACGCAAGGCACGGCCCCAGUCCCAACAUCCAACACGCUGGCCAAAUCCGCCUCUACUCCCUCCAUAGAAACCACCUCACUUCCCAUCCGAUCCAAGGCAGACUCAGAGACAGAGUCAGACUCGUCUUCGCCCUCAGCUUCAGCCCCUAGACAAGAAACCCUCGCUCCAUCGGCCUCCGCUACCACCACUGUGAAACCUAUCUUCAUCCGUGAAGGCGGCUCGAUUCCAACCAUCCGGUUCCUGGAGAAAGAAUUCUCAGCACCGGCAGCGAACUUGCCCUGUGGACAGGCAAGUGACAACGCGCAUUUGGACAAUGAGCGUAUGCGGGUGGAGAAUCUGUAUAAGAGUCGGGAGAUUUUCCGAUAUGUCUUUACGCACUUGGUUGAUAAGACGUGAUGUGAUAGAAGCUGAGAAGGGGUUUAACAGAUUGGAAGAAAGGAGUUCCCCCCUUUAGGCAUUUACGUGGUGCUUGGGUAUGGGUCAUGCUUUGAGUUUUCUUGGAUUGUGCUGGACUGUGCUGGACU